AUGGCUUCCUCAGAACGUGUAGUAAUUGUGACCGGAGGAAACUCAGGCAUGGGUACAGCCCUCGCCCGUGACCUCGUGAAACAGGGUUGGAAGGUUGCAAUCGCAGAUAUCAAGGAAAACGUGGAAGUUGCGAAAGAAUUGGGUGAUGGAGCCAGCUUUUACAAAUGCAACGUCGCCGACUACGACAGCCAGGCAGCAAUGUUUCAAAGUGUUUGGGAUCGCUACGGACAAAUCGAUGCACUGUGCGCCAAUGCCGGAAUUGUGGAUAAAAGCUCCAUAUAUAUCCUCGACCACCGUGGUUCGGAUAAAAUUCCGCCAAAACCUGACUUGGUGUGUACAGAUGUGGACUACAAGGGAGUAGUGUAUGGAACGCAGCUGGCUAUCUACUUCAUGAGAAAGAACAAGUUUCCAGGAGGAAAGAUCAUAGCAACAGGAAGUGUAGCAGCCAUUGUGGUCAACUUCGUUCGAGCCACGGCACCAAUACUGAAAGAUAAAGAUAAUAUCUCUAUCAACUGCGUAUGUCCUGGAAUCGUGCACACGUCCAUUAUUCCUCAGGCCAUGAUAGACGCGGUGUCCCCAGAAUGCCUGACACCUCAAGCUACCAUCGUGGCAGCGUAUGAGCGAUGCUUAGAGGACGGGUCGAUAUUCGGAAAGGUGAUCGAAUGCUCAGCCGACAAGCUAUUUUUCCUCGAAACCCCCAGUCUCGCAAACGGGCGAAUAUCCAAAAGAGCUGUCACCGUCUGGGAUCCAUUGUUCAAGAUGUAAGACUCCUAUUCCGUAAAUCCUUAAUCAGAGUUGUUGAUCGGUCUGUGGGUAUCACCAUGAGCUUUCGGGACUUCCGGAUGCGAUUCCGUGAGGAGAGAGCACGAAGACGAAGGAUGAAAUGGGGCUCUGCUGAUUAUCAAGCGGUAUAUUUGUUCAUCCAGCGAAGAUGUUUCAGGAGGUGGGGUAGGUGGCAGCGGGGUGGAUCGAGGAAGGAGCAUUAAUGCCUUCACUUGGCGAACAAUCCUUGAUGUUCCAGAGGAGUACCCAAUGGUGAAGAUAGCAGCUUCCAAGGACAGAAGAGGGGACGAAUCCUGUCUUCUGGCUGUUUAAAAGUAAUAUCAGUACUUGACCACAAAACCUCAUUCUCCUAGAAAGCAUGGUUAUG